AUGGCGUCAAUAAGUGUGGAAGAAGUGUACGGUCCUGCGCCAUCAACGAAGAGAAAUUUCACUACCCAUCUUUCUUAUGAUUCAAAGAGCGACAGUUUAGGGUAUGGUAGCGGUAGAUCUGCGAUUUUGCGUUCAUUGGAUGGGAAAUCGGUUGUGCAAUUUACUGGGCAUGGUACCAGCAAUGUUACUGUGGUGAGAUUUUCGCCAAUUGGUGGAUCUCAGUACGUUGUUUCCGGGGACGAUUCAGGUAAAGUGAUUGUGUGGUCGUGGAAUCGGGACGAUGCUAGUGGAGAAAUCGAGUACAAUGUGAAAUCUGAGUUCCAGGUGCUUGCAGGGCCUGUAGUUGACAUUUCGUGGGACUUUGAAGGGAAGAGGUUGGCUAUUGUUGGGGAGGGCCGUGAUAGAUUUGGUGCUUUUAUAUCUUGGGAUUCUGGGAAUUCUUUAGGAGAGGUUUCUGGGCAUUCGCAAAGAAUCAAUGCGGUUCAUUUGAAGCAAAGCAGACCCAUGCGUGCGUUUUCUGUGAGUGACGAUGGUUCAGUUGUGUUUUACCAGGGUCCGCCAUUCAAGUUUGCCAGCAGUGACAGAACGCAUCACGGACAAGGUAAAUUUAUUCGUGACAUUCGUUUCAGCCCGGGCAAUGGGUUGUAUGCGGUGUCUGUUGGAAGCGACCGUAAGAUCUGCUGUUUUGACGGUAAGACUGGUGAGUUCUUGAAGUAUAUCGAGUCCAAGGAGUCACCCAUUGAGGGAGGUUUGUUUUCCGUUGCUUGGUUGGAUGAUGGCGAGGGUUCUUCGAGAGUAGUCACUGGUGGUGCCGACGGUUUGGUGAGACUGUGGGACGUUACGAAGGAGUCUGACCCACUUUUGAAGGUUUGGACUUUGGGAGAGGGUCUCUCAAGCCAGGUCGUAGGCCUAGCGGUCACGAAAGAGAACAAGGUUGCCGCAUUGACCCUUGAUGGGACAAUCAACAUCCUGUCUUUGGAAGACGACAACGUUGAGUUUAUUUACGGCCACAACAAGGGCAUUACAGCUUUGACCGUGAAUCCGUUGGUGUCUGGAUCCUACGACGGUAGAAUUGUGACAUGGAAGGAUGCUACACAUGGUGCGGACGUGCCUACUCUCAGCCACGAUAUCCAUACGAACAUCGUCUUGGCUGUUGACAACUCCGAUAACGAAGUUUCGAGCGUUUCCUGGGACAAUACUUUGAAGAACUUCAUAUACGGUAGUAAGUCUGCUGAAACCAAGUACCAUUUCGAUCACCAGCCUAAAUGCGCAGUCUUUGCAGAGUCAAUGCUAGCAGCAGCCACAGAGGAUAACAAACUCUUGAUCAUCGACAACAAGACUGGCCUGUUAUCGAAAUCUGUAAAGCUUGAUAAGCCUAUCGCUACUAUUGCAUUGGGAACCACAUACGUGGCAGUAGCCUACGAGCAAACUAACAAUGUCCAGAUUUUCCAGAUCUCGGACCUCUCUGAUGUGUUCACGCUCUCCCAGCCAUUGCGUGCAACCCCAUCUGCUCUUUCGUUUUCCCCAUCGCAAAAGUACCUUGCUGCAGGUGACUCUUCUGGUAAGAUCAUCCUCUAUGAUCUUGAAACAAAAGAAGUGAAGACAUCCAGAUGGUCAUUCCACACAAGCAAAAUCACUUCCAUUGACUGGAGAAAACCAGCAGAUGAAGAUGCAGAGGAGGAUCAUGUGGUCACUGCUUCUUUAGAUACAAAUAUUUUCAUUUACUCUGUCAAGAGACCAAUGAAGGUGAUCAAGCGUCUAAAUGCCCACAAAGACGGUGUUUCUUCUGCGCUAUGGGAAGACGAUCACACCAUUGUGAGCGCUGGUGUAGACGCUUUGAUCAGAAGAUGGAAAGUUGAAUUUGCUUGA